UCCCGCCCCAUUCCCACCCCAUUCCAGGUCGACGGCAUCCCCAUCCGCCUGCCCUACACCUCCCCUACCUCGGGGCUCACCCUGGAGCGCCGGGGCUGGGAGGUGACCAUGGGCACCCGCCAUGGGGUGGCAUUGACCUUCGAUGGCCACCACCGCUGGGUGAGCAUCACGGCCCCAGCACCACUUGGGGGGCACCUCUGCGGCCUCUGUGGGGACAUGGACGGGGACCCCCGCAACGAUGUGGGGCAGGAGGACAAGUGGAAGGUGGGAAGUGAGCAACGGGAAUGCCGGGAUGCGAUGGGAUGCGGGAAGAAGGAGGAGGAGGAGGAGGAGGAGGAGUGCCGGGUGAUGGUGAGGAAGGAAGGACCAUUCCGGCGCUGCCACGGCCUCGUCCAUCCCGGCACCUACUACCGGGACUGUGUGGCCGACGGGUGCCAUCCGGGUGGGACGUGCCGGGUGCUGGCUGCCUACGCCGCGGCCUGUCGGAGCGCUGGGAUCACGGCCCUGCAAUGGCGAGGGAAGGAUCUGUGCCGUGAGUGAUGCCCGUGGAAAGGGGUGGAAGGGGGGAGAUGGAGCCGUGGGAGCCAUAGAGAGCCCAGGGAGCAAGGUUAUUGGGGGGGUGGGCAAGGUGGACCCAUAGAGCAUCCAUAGGACGCAUAGAGUAUCCAUAGGACCAAGGUGGAGUUGGGAGGAAGAAGAUGGACCCAUAGAGCAUCCAUAGGACCCAUAGAGUAUCCAUAGGACUAAGGUGGGAUAGGGUUGGGAAGGAACAAUGUGGACCCAUAGAGCAUCUGUAGG